AAGACCAUCGAACUACUCAUUGCGAAGCUAACUAAGUUUCAUAGUUUCGUACCCGGAAUGAUGCAAGGAGAACUUAUGGUGGAGCUUGGUCACAUAUAUCAGCAAGAGGAAAUCACGUUGAUUUAAUUGGUUAGGUUGGAGGUUGUCUGAGUUUAACGGUCAAUUCCAUAGCAAGUGCCACUUAAAACGGUGAGUCACGGAGCGGAGCAUAACCGUAUUUAAGAUCCAACUAAAUAAAAAGGCCUAUUGGUUUUUGACUUUUUACAACAAUGUAACACUUAUAUAUUCAAUGUUGCUUCCUACAUGUAAGUUAUGCCCUGUUCUAGUUACCUAUAGCAACCUAGCAGCCUAGCUUUUCCUUCCAUUAUGAUGUACCUUUUUAUAUAGUGCCCAUUGGAGUUGCUAGACUGUCCCAUAUUUAUCUAGAGCUCUGGCCAAUCAAAACAAACACACAGUUCAUGCACGAUCCCAUAUAUUACCGGGGUCUAUUUGGAGAUUUCCGGGCCACCCCAUGAUCUAUCAUGGAUACAUUCUUAAAAAGAACCAAGCGAAAGUCAUCCGGCGAGGAAGACAUACUUCUAGUUGAUGACAACGAGUCAACGGAUGUAAAGUUAAUGAUUCUUUCGUCGCUACACUCUAACAUCAGCCAGGAAGCCUUGCUGGAAGCGCUCUUAGCACAUGAUGGAUCCGUUCAGGCAGCUUCCGCUUCUCUAGCCGAUGAUCGACCUGGUGCUUCUAAAAAGCAACGAAACGCCACCACUGUCGGAUACCAAACUUCGCUGAAGCUCUUUACCCCCAAGUCUUCAUCCGAAGAACGACCCUUGUCACCUAAGAAAGCAAAGCUGCUUUCUAAGAAAGGGGCAACUCUUCAUUUAUACGAUCCCGAGGAUAUAGCUGAAAACACACCUUGCAGCAUCGUUCAUAAUUUUCUACCGCCCGAUUUAGCAAAUGAUCUUCUCAAGGAAUUGCUGGAUGAAGCAGCUUCAUUCGAGAAGGCUUCCUUUAAGUUAUUCGACAAUGUUGUCCAAAGUCCUCACACUUCCGGCUUCUACGUGGGAUCAGCAGCCGAGGUCAAUACCCAGAAACACGAUUAUUAUUACAAUGGCGCUGCAUUAACAGAUAUCCGAUGCCUUACCCCUCAACUCCUACGCGCCAGACCAAUAGUUCAAGAAGCGGUAAACAAGGAAAUUCAAACCCGCAUGAAAACUCGAUAUCCCGGAGGACGAAAGCUGAAGUAUCAGUCGCCAGAUCAAUGGUUACCAAACUGCGCUUUCGUCAAUUGUUACAAUGGCCCCCAAGAGAACCUAGGGUAUCACAGUGAUCAGCCUACAUAUAUAGGCCCUAGGGCUGUGAUAGGUUCUUUAUCUCUUGGGGUGGCGCGGGAAUUCCGUGUCAGGCGGAUUGUACCAAAGGAUUCCGACAAUAAUCCCACCGAUGAUUCAGACGCAGAAGGGCAGAUUUCCAUCCACCUACCUCAUAAUUCUCUCUUAGUCAUGCAUGCUGAGAUGCAGGAGGAGUGGAAGCACAGCAUUGCUGCUGCUCAAGCGAUUGACCCCCACCCAAUCGCGGGUAACCGGAGGAUCAACAUCACAUAUCGCGAUUACAAAUCGAGUUUUCACCCCAAGUUUACGCCAAGGUGUAAAUGUCGUAUUCCUGCAAUAUUGAGGGUUGUGCAGAGGAAAAAAGAAAACCAUGGAAAGUAUUUCUGGAUGUGUCAUCAUGGAAACGCGCCUGGCAAGGAAAAUUGUUCCUUUUUCCAAUGGGCAGAUUUUGAUGAUAAUGGGAAUCCUAGUUGGGAUAAAACUCGGCACAAGGUCACGUAGAGUGGCGACGUUGUCAAUAAUGACAAGAACGAUGGUUAUCACUACUUCUCAUUGCGAUUGAUAUAACCUAGUGAAGACUUUUUUUU